AUGGCCAAGGACGACGUUUUGUCCGCAGGGAAUGCCAUUGCGGAUAUCGAACGCCAGAAUUCUGUGUCAAUGGGCAAGGCAACCAACAAUGCGAAAUCAGCUGCUGAAGCGGAGCAUAAGAUGACCUUGCUACAAGGUAUCAGAACUUAUCCCAAGGCGAUCGCGUGGAGUGUUCUCAUCUCCACAUGUAUCGCGAUGGAAGGUUAUGAUAUCAGUCUGGUCAAUAAUUUCUAUGCAUUUCCGCAAUUCACACAAAAGUACGGCGAAUUGACGUCAGAUGGCUCCUAUCAAGUACCAGCUGCGUGGCAAGCUGGCCUCAGCAACGGCGCCUAUUGUGGAGAAAUCAUUGGCCUCUUUAUCAACGGAUGGGCUUCGGAGCGAUUCGGGUACCGCUAUACAAUUAUGGCUUCCCUAGUCCUGAUCACGGCAUUCACGGCAAUCUUUUUCACUGCGCCAAACAUUCAAACCCUGCUUGCAGCGGAAAUCCUCGCCGGAGUUCCAUGGGGCAUUUUUCAAACGCUCACAGUGACCUAUGCUUCUGAAGUUUGCCCUGUCGUUCUAAGAGGAUAUCUCACGUCAUACGUCAAUUUCUGCUGGGGACUAGGGCAACUUGUGGGUAUUGGAGUCAUCAAAGCAAUGCUAAAUCGGGAUGAUCAAUGGUCAUACAAGAUUCCAUAUGGAUUGCAAUGGAUGUGGCCAGUUCCUCUCUUUAUUGCAAUUUAUCUCGCCCCGGAAUCACCAUGGUGGUUGGUCAGAAAGAAUAGGGACGAAGAUGCGAAAAAGGCACUCCUACGCCUCACGAAUCCUGACCGAAAUGUGGAUUUCAAUGCGGACGAAACUAUUGCCAUGAUACGUCAUACUACAGAUCUUGAAGCGAAGCUUUCGGAGGGAGCUUCAUACCUUGAUUGUUUCAAAGGGGCCAAUUUACGGCGGACAGAGAUCGUUUGUCUUGUGUGGGCUAUUCAGAACCUCAGCGGCAAUUCCUUUUCCAAUUACUCCACAUACUUCCUGGAACAGGCAGGAUUAUCAGCAUCCAAUUCCUAUUCAUUCGCGAUGGGACAAUAUGGAAUUAACAUGGUUGGUGUACUUGGGGCAUGGCUCCUCAUGUCUUUUGGAAUCGGUCGAAGAACGCUAUAUCUCUAUGGCCUCUGCGGACUAUGCACUAUCCUGGUUUUGAUUGGUUUCCUUGGCCUGGUUCCUAGUACACAUAAGGAUCAAGCAUCACUCGCAACAGGCUCAAUGAUGCUCUGCUGGGCAUUAUUCUACCAGCUUUCGGUCGGAACUGUGGCCUAUUCGCUCGUGGCAGAGAUCUCCACUCGUCGACUGCAAAUCAAGACUGUGGUGCUCGGUCGAAUUCUAUACAAUGUUGUUGCUAUCAUCUGUGGUGUGUUGACUCCCUAUAUGUUGAACCCUGCCGCCUGGGAUUGGAGUAAUUAUGCAGGGUUUUUCUGGGGAGGAAUUUGCUUCCUUUGUGUUGUAUACACGUUUUUCCGAGUUCCAGAAACAACUGGUCGCACCUUUGCUGAACUUGAUAUGCUGUUUGAAGAGAAAGUGUCGGCCAGAAAGUUUGCCAGCACCCAAGUUGAGGUAUAUGAAGAACAGGUGGAAGUGUGGGAGCACAAUGUCAAAGAAUGA